CCCAACAAAAUGCUAAAGUAGGCAGCAUUAUCCUAAAGGAAAAACAAAUGAUGACACUCCUCUCAUCUCCUCCUCUUUGCACUUCACAGCCUCCUUCUUCUUCAUCAUCAUCUUCCGCCAUUUCUAGGCUUUCAUUCUUCUCUUCAAACUCUUUCACUUGCCUUAGAACUCAAUCCUCCGUUCCUUCAACCUCCUCUUGCUUUCUCAAUCGUCAACCCAUUAGAAUCUCAAAUGUUUUCACCAACCAACAACAAACCAUCACACUUCACAAAUCUAAGUUUAGGGUUUCUGAAGGUACUGCCGAGGAUGAGUUAUGGGCUGCUGCUUCUCUCCGCAUUCGCACUUUCAAUCACUUCCCCCCCGAUUCCUUUGGCAUCGAUGAUCAUAAGAAGUACUUGGCUGAGCAUGAAUUUGAAGCAAUGAAAGAACGUACUGCUGGAAAAAGGGUUGGGUUUAAAAGAGUAUCUUGCAUAAAUGCUACUCUUCCAUUAUCAGAAAUAUCAACCUUAGCUGAAGAUUUAUGUUCAACAUGUAAGUUUUCUGAUGGUGGAGAAGACAGAGUUGUAGUUGGGUCACUUGACCUUAAUCAAUGUGUAAGGCUUCCAGACGAAAUAACAGGAAUGAAACCUGAGGGAAUUGGGGCUGAUUUCGCAAGGGCAUACCUGAGUAAUGUAUGUGUUGCCAAGGAACUGCAAAGGAAUGGGUUGGGUUAUGCACUUGUCGCCAAGGCAAAAACAAUUGCACAAGAUUGGGGGAUAAGCGAUCUGUACGUUCAUGUAGCUUUCGACAAUGAAGCUGGAAAGAAGCUUUAUAUGAAGAGUGGUUUUGUUUAUGAAAGCGAUGAACCAAGUUGGCAAGCCAGGUUCCUUGAUCGUCCUCGUAGGAUUCUCUUCUGGACUCCUCUCUCUCAAUUUCUUCUUUGAUAUUUCUACUUACACUUUUCUUUUCUUUUUUUAAGUUUCUAAUUUACUAAAAUUAUAUUCAUUGUAAAAUUUUAUGAAUAUGGAGCCCAUGCCCAUUUUCGUAAUUUAAUAUUAAGUUUAAUUACAA